GGCCGCAGCCCCGAGGGUCAUGUGACCGGCAAGAUGGCUGCCUUCCCCUGGCACCCCCGGAACCGGGACUACAAGGCCGAGCUGGCGUCCUGCCGCCUGGAGGCGGUGCCGCUGGAGCUGGGCGACUACCACCCCCUGAAGCCCAUCACCGUGACGGAGUCCAGGACUGCGAAGGUGAGCCGGAAGGGGAGCACCUCUUCCGCCUCCUCCUCGUCCUCCAGCUCCGUGGUGGACCCGCUGAGCAGCGUCCUGGACGGCACCGACCCGCUCUCCAUGUUCGCAGCCACGGCGGAGCCCAUGGCCACGGCGGCCACCACGGACAGCUCCAGAAAGAAACGGGACAGAGACGACGGCUCCGUCCUGGGGUCGGACUUCGAGCCUUGGGCCAACAAGCGCGGGGAGAUCCUGGCCCGCUAUACCACCACGGAGAAGCUGUCCAUCAAUUUAUUCAUGGGAUCAGAGAAAGGCCGAGCCGGGACCGCCGCGUCCGCCAUGUCGGAGAAGGUCCGGAUCCGGCUGGAGGAGCUGGACGACUUCGAGGAGGGCUCCCAGAAGGAGCUGCUGAACCUGACCCAGCAGGACUACGUGAACCGCAUCGAGGAGCUGAACCAGUCGCUGAAGGACGCCUGGGCCUCGGAUCAGAAAGUGAAAGCGCUCAAAAUAGUCAUCCAGUGCUCCAAGCUGCUCUCAGACACCAGCGUCAUCCAGUUCUACCCUAGCAAAUUCGUGCUCAUCACGGACAUCCUGGACACCUUCGGGAAGCUCGUGUACGAGCGCAUCUUCUCCAUGUGCGUGGACAACCGCAGCGCCUUGCCAGAUCAAUUCUCCCCCGAGAACGUCACCGACACGGCCAAGGAGACGUGCCUGAAUUGGUUCUUCAAGAUCGCAUCCAUCCGAGAGCUGGUUCCCAGAUUCUACGUGGAGGCGUCCAUCCUCAAGUGUAACAAGUUCCUCUCCAAAACGGGGAUCUCAGAGUGUCUGCCCCGGCUGACGUGCAUGAUUCGAGGGAUCGGAGACCCGCUGGUGUCGGUGUACGCCAGGGCCUACCUGUGCCGGGUGGGCAUGGAGGUGGCGCCUCAGCUCAAGGAAAGCCUCAACAAGAACUUCUUUGACUUCCUCCUCACCUUCAAGCAGAUCCACGGGGACACGGUCCAGAACCAGCUGGCGCUCCAGGGCGUGGAACUGCCGUCCUACCUGCCCUUGUACUCGCCCGCCAUGGACUGGAUCUUCCAGUGCAUCUCCUACCACGCCCCGGAGACCCUGUUAACUGAAAUGAUGGAGAGAUGUAAGAAGCUAGGAAAUCACGCCCUGCUGCUGAACUCCGUGAUGUCCGCUUUCCGCGCCGAGUUCAUCGCCGCCCGCUCCAUGGGUUUCAUCGGCAUGAUCAAGGAGUGUGACGAGUCCGGUUUCCCCAAGCACCUGCUCUUCCGCUCCCUGGGGCUGAACUUGGCCUUGGCUGACCCCCCCGAGGGCGACCGCCUCCAGAUUCUCAACGAGGCCUGGAAAGUCAUCACGAAGCUGAAGAAUCCGCAGGACUAUGUCAGCUGCGCCGAGGUGUGGGUUGAGUACACCUGCAGGCACUUCACGAAACGGGAGGUGAACACGGUCCUGGCUGACGUCAUCAAGCACAUGAACCCCGACCGGGCCUUCGAAGAUUCCUACCCGCAGCUUCAGUCGAUAAUCAAGAAGGUGAUCGCCCACUUCCACGACUUCGCGGUGCUUUUCUCAGUGGAAAAGUUCCUGCCGUUUCUGGACAUGUUCCAGAAGGAGAGCGUGCGGGUGGAGGUCUGCAAGUGCAUCAUGGAAGUCUUCAUCAAGCACCAGCAGGAACCCACCAAGGACCCCGUGAUCCUGAACGCCCUCCUGCACGUCUGCAAGACCAUGCACGACUCCGUGAAUGCCCUCACGCUGGAGGACGAGAAGCGGACGCUGGCGUAUCUGAUCAACGGCUUUAUAAAGAUGGUCUCCUUCGGCCGUGACUUUGAGCAGCAGCUGAGUUUCUACGUGGAGGCCAGGUCCAUGUUCUGCAACCUGGAGCCGGUCCUGGUGCAGCUGAUCCACAGCGUCAACCGGCUGGCCAUGGAGACCAGGAAAGUGAUGAAAGGAAACCAUUCCAGAAAGACGGCCGCGUUUGUGCGGGCCUGCGUCGCCUACUGCUUCAUCACCAUCCCCUCCCUGGGGGGCGUCUUCUCGCGCCUCAACCUCUACCUGCACUCCGGCCAGGUGGCCCUCGCCAACCAGUGCCUCUCCCAAGCCGACGCGUUCUUCAAAGCCGCCAUCAGCCUGGUUCCCGAGGUGCCCAAGACCAUCAGCGUGGAGGGCAAGCUGCGGCCGUCGGAGCCCUUCCUGCUCGAGUUCCUCUGCAACUUCUUCUCCACGCUGCUCAUCGUGCCGGACCACCCUGAGCACGGGGUCCUGUUCCUGGUGCGAGAGCUUCUCAACGUGAUCCAGGACUACGCGUGGGACUGCGGCGGGGACGACAGGGUGCGGCUGUACACGUGCGUGCUGCACCUGCUGGCGGCCAUGAGCCAGGAGACCUACCUCUACCACAUAGACAAGGUGGACUCCAAUGACAGCCUCUACGGCGGGGACUCCAAGUUCCUGGCGGAGAACAACAAGCUGUGCGAGACAGUGAUGGCGCAGAUCCUGGAGCACCUGAAAGCCCUCGCCAAGGACGAGGCCCUGAAGCGCCAGAGCUCGCUGGGCCUGUCCUUCUUCAACAGCAUCCUGGCCCACGGCGACCUGCGCAACCACCGGCUCAACCAGCUCUCCGUCAGCCUGUGGCACCUCGCGCAGAGGCACGGCUGUGCCGACCCCCGCACCAUGGUGAAGACCCUGGAGUACAUCAAGCAGCAGAGCAGGCAGCCAGACAUGGCUCACCUGACGGAGCUGGCCCUCAGGCUGCCCCUGCAGAGCAGGACCUGACCCCCAGGCCUGGCCAGGGCUGGGCUCUGGGGCACGCCCAGAAGGCGGGCUCGGCGGCUCCGUCCCGACCGACACCCGCCCCCCGACCAUGUGGGCCGAUACAGGAGAGGAGGGGUUGCGGGUGAGCCCCGUCUUUCUGGAAGGCAGCCCACCUGCUCUGCGCCCCCAAGUCCCGUGGCCGGGCCCGCCUUGAGCGCCGAGAGCCGAUGGCCCAAGAACGUUUCCUGCCGCGGGCGGCUCUCGUGGGACUCAGACAGUGGUGUGGAGGGCAGAGAAAGCGGGGCCCAUCGGGAGGCCCCCCGUGGGGUCUGCAGGUGAAUAAACCUGAAGGAACAUGUUGCAUUUCCUUCAUCAUCCGAGACGAGCGAGUCGGGCCACCACGUGCAGCCUGGAUCCCCGCCCGGGCGCUGCCCAUCUCCCCGAGUGCGGGAGAGCAUUGGCGUGGCCUGGGACCGCGGCCUCCCGGCCCUGCCCAGAAGCAGGGCUGCCCGGCUGUGGAUCAUAGAGGCCCCCGCUGCUCUUCUGGAAGCUGUGCACCCGGCGGCCUAGCAUUGCAUCUGCCGGGAAACCACGGGACGGUUCCUCUCAGACUUCUAACCUCCGUGUCCGUGUGGACCUGCAGCAGUCCGGUCACAUGACCCUCCUGGGCCUGUCCCGCCCUACCCAGUGGCCUCCCACAUCCCAACCCAUCGCCUAAGCCAUCCCCUGUUGCCCUUUACAACAUGAUACAGAAGCUCAGAGCGAUGUGACUCAAAUAUGCCCAAGGCGGCCUUUAUUUCA